GGGUCGUUUCGUUUACGUAGACCUGACGUCGUGGCCACAUAUUGCUGUUAUUGUUGCGGAUUCGGCCUGGUUCUUUCUAAUUGAAAAAGUUGACCAGGAGUAUUCUGUCCGGCGAAACCUCUUUUGAUUUUGCAGCAAGAUGUCUGAACGAAAAGUGUUAAAUAAAUAUUACCCACCGGACUUCGAUCCAUCGAAGAUUCCUCGCAUGAAGCUUGCCAAAAAUCGGCAAUAUACAGUUCGCUUAAUGGCACCGUUUAAUAUGAGGUGCAAGACUUGCGGGGAAUAUAUUUACAAAGGAAAGAAAUUCAAUGCCCGAAAGGAAGACGUAGAAAAUGAAACUUAUCUAGGAAUACGUAUCUACCGUUUUUACAUCAAAUGCACACGUUGUCUGCAGGAAAUUUCAUUUAAAACUGAUCCACAGAACACUGACUAUGAAAUUGAGGCGGGCGCAACAAGAAAUUUUAUGGCGUUAAAAUUGGCAGAGGAACAAGCACGCAAAGAGAUAGAGGAAGAACGCGAAGAAGAAGCAAACAAUCCAAUGAAGUUACUGGAAAACCGUACACAACAAUCGCGUAACGAAAUCGAAAUGCUUGAGUCGUUGGAAGAGCUGCGCGAUUUGAAUCGCCGCCAACACAAUGUCGAUUAUGAGUCAAUGUUACAACAGUACAACAGCGCGGAAUCUGAGCAGGAGCGAUUAAAGCGCGAAGAAAAGGAAGAUGAGGAGUUUGUAAAAUCUAUAAACUUCAAAGCGAACAAAACAGCAGGAAAAAUUGUUGCUGAAGAAAUAAUAGAAGAAAUUAAUGAUGAAGCAUCUUUAUCUUCUGAAGCAAAGAAAGCAAAACUUAAUACGGCUAUUUUAGCGCCUCAAGCGCAUAGCUCCAAAACUAAAGCUGUCACAAUAAAAACUUCAACACUCGUAAAACGGAAAACUCCACUCGUUGUACCGAAAUUGAAUCCACCCACAGCAACAGUUUCUUCAGCGGGCUUGGGCGCGUCUACAAGUAAAACAGAAAGCCUAAAACCGACGGAAAAUAAAAACGGAGGCCUUUCAUUGCUUUCAAGUUAUGCCAGCACCUCCGAAGAAUCAGAGUGAGAGAUAUACAGCCUUAAAAUAGGGAAUAUUGCGUUAUACAAGUAUUUACGUAACUAAACGUGAUAUGUGAAAGUGGAUCACAGGAUUCUGGUGUAAAUAAUGUAAAGAAUGGUAAUUCCAAAUAUAAUAUGAAAGCGUUUUGAAAUAAUCUGA